UUAUUCUGUUUUGUAUUUUAAUUUUCUUCUAUACAAAAAUGAGAGAUACAUAUAAAGCAAACCACUCCCACCUCCUGUGUUUCCGGUUCACUUUUUCGCUUUAUUUGAAGCAUAUAUUCACAACACAAUUUUCUUCACCAAGCAAUAGCAAUCAUAUACACUUAAUUUGUGCUUCUCAUAUUCCAUAACAUGGCUCAACUUCAAGAACACAACACCCCAUUAUCAAUCAAGCUAUUCGGAGCCACAAUAUCGCCCAAACAAAAAACACAGCCAAAGAUCGACCACGACCACGACCACGAUGACCAGAAACCCGAUCUGAAGAGGCCAGACAAGAUCAUCCCGUGCCCGAGGUGCAAGAGCAUGGAGACAAAAUUCUGCUACUUCAACAACUACAACGUCAACCAGCCGCGCCACUUCUGCAAGGCCUGCCACCGCUACUGGACCGCCGGCGGCGCCCUCCGCAAUGUGCCCGUCGGAGCCGGCCGCCGCAAGGCCAAGCCUCCGCCCUUUCCCCAAGGUUGCAUGUUCGAUCCCUCAUCGCCCGCGGCCCACCAACUCGACUUCCACGCCGUGGGGGACUGGCACGCCGGCGGAUUCCGGCAUCUUUUCCCCGGGAAGCGCCGGAGAUGCGCCUCUAAUAGUCAAAGUAGUUGAUCAUCAUCUCUAUCUUUUUUUUUUAAAUUUGUCAUGUAGUACAAGUUAAUUAAUAAAUAAAUUGUAGAUAAAUAUUUUAUUAACUAAUAGUAAGUUCUUGAUUAAUUUCUGUA